CUCCUAUCAUGCAAGGCCACGUGUUCGGCCACACUUUCCCCUCUGGAACCCCCAAUGUUCCGUUCAGAAUCUGCAUUCUACCAAAACAAUACAAAGAGUGGCCGGAGAAUAGAACGGCCUUCUUUUCCCGGGAAAUGGGUUUUGCGGUAAAAGUGAUAGACGCCGUUAUCUUCCUAUUCUUGCUGGUAAUAGCUCUGGCAGCUCCACUUCUAGAUGCUCAAACCUUCAUACCUCACACUUACUACCCAGGCUUCCUUGUCCAACUCAAAAACUGGUACUCCCGCGAGUACGGCGACUAUCUCGUCAUAGACAAGCCCCCUUUCUUCGUCGGACUCGUCUGCUUCGAGCUCAUCUUCCAAUGGCCUCUUGUUCUUCUCAAUCUUUACGCCAUUUUGACUUCCAAGCCCUGGUUAAACACCACUUGCCUGAUCUACGGCGUCUCUCUGUCUACUUCCAUGGUUGUUAUAUUAUCAGACAUGGUGGGUUCCGGAAGGGCAUCCGCUAAGCUACUGAUAUUGUACUGCCCUUUCAUGGCUUUUGGAGUCUUAGCAACCCUACGAGGGUUACUGUCACAUUCCACUGGGACAUAUUCCAGUGUUGGCAAGAGGCCUGCGGUGCCCAGGAAAAAGCGAGCUUGAGAUGGCUUUCGGGAUCGAAACUGUGCAACAGAAUUUGCAGGUUGCUCUGCUAUCAGAAAUGGUGGGUUCUGGAAGGGCAUCUGCUAAGCUAUUGUCAUUGUACGGCCCUGUCAUGGGUUUAGGAGUGUUAGCUAUCCUGCGAGGUUUAGGAGUGUUAUCUGGCAAGAGCCCUAAAAUGUCCACCAAAAAGCGACUUUGAGAUUGAAGUAAUUGGUCUCUCUUCGAUCUGCGCCUCUUUUCUAUCUCUUCCUGGGAUUUGAAAAGGAUUGCAUGUUAUGUUAAUCAUGUCACGGUGUUUCUUUUCUGCUGGUGUGUUGACUUGUGGUACAUUAUGUUAAUUGUUGGGAUUUGUUUAAUAAAAUGUUUCCCAUCUUUUAAAAA